AUGGCCAUGCAAGGUUUAAUGUCUUUUGAGCCACAGCACACAGAGUUCUGGGUACAAAACAAUUAUUACAAAACAAGACAUACAAAACAAGGACAGGUAGAAAGAAAGAGGGUGGGUGUCACCCCCCCCUUAUUCCCCCCUUUAUCCCUCCCCCCCUUUAUCCCUUCCCCUUAUACCCCUCCUGUUCCUGCUUCUGACCAUGUCUCUCUCUCUGUCUUACAGACGUGUCUAGAGUUGGAGCGGUACCUGCAGACGGAGCCCAAGCGUCUAUCAGAGCUGUUUGACGAGGAGCUCGACUGCCUCCUGACGCCUGCCUUCAUCCAGGGUGCUGACAGUGACCUGAUGGACCCACUGGACCCCCUCCUCCCCAGCCUCCCCGACCAGCCCAGCCCCCCUCCCCUCCUCGUCUCCCUCCCCAAGGUCCUACAGGCCCCACACCUCCACAACACCAAGGCCUCUGAAAAAGAGUCUGGAGCAAAGACCACCAAGGAGGGGGUCAACGGGGUCAACGCUGCCCAGCUGAGUGCCGUCACCUCCCUCACGCCGCCCUCCUCGCCGGAGCUGGGUCGCCACCUGGUCAAGCCCACGCAGACUCUCACCGCCACGGCCGACGGCACGCUCACGCUCAAACUGGUGGCCAAGAAGGUUGGUCUGAACGCAGCCAAGCUGGUGGCCAUGCACGCCACGCUACCCUCGCCGCCCAGCAGGGGGGCACACAGUGACAGCGAGCAGGGGUCUGGUUCACUGGGGGGAGAUAUCCCUGAGAACAAGAAGAGAGUCCAUCGCUGCCAGUUCAAUGGUUGCAGGAAGGUUUACACCAAGAGUUCCCAUCUGAAGGCCCACCAGAGAACACACACAGGUGAGAAACCGUACAAGUGCUCCUGGGAGGGCUGUGAGUGGCGUUUCGCCCGGAGCGAUGAGUUGACAAGGCACUAUCGUAAACACACCGGGGCCAAACCAUUCAAGUGUAACCACUGUGACAGGUGUUUCUCCAGGUCAGAUCACUUGGCGCUGCACAUGAAGAGGCACAUCUAAGAGAGAGGGAGGAGGAGAGCGAGGAAGAAGAGCGAGAGAAGGGAGAUAGGAGAGAAGAAGAAGUAGGCAGGAGGGAAGACGAACACCAGCUCCAGCUCUCACCAUCCCGAGGCUGCCCCUGCCACCUGAGACCUGACACUAGAAGCAUAGCAUGGGGGAUGACACGCUGGACGGAUGUAAGCCACGACCCGGGAUGGACCCAUGGUCGGCGAGGACAGAUGGAGGGAUGGAGGGAAAGAGAAGGAGGAGGAGGAGCUUGUUGUUGUUUUUUAAUUCACACUUCCGUGAUUCACAUAUCUCUACUCAACAGUCUACAACUCUCUUUUAUUGCAUCCUCUGAUUAGCCAUGCCUUGGUCUGAUCCAAGCCUGGUAACUCAGACACUGCCAAACCAAUACGCUGAUCCAGUUACGACCCAUUUACACUCUACUGUUUAUUUUAUAUACAUUUAAACUAUAGAGCGACUUGGGAAAGGAGAUGGUUCACCCAGAAUAAACUGCUAAACUUUGACACGCCAAUCGUCAGUGACUUGCAGAAGCAACGAUGGGCAUCCCAAACCAACAGCAACUAUUGCCCAUUUUAUACUGGUGUGCUGUUUCCCAAUCCUAUCACAAUGUUUUAGGGGUGUCUCUACCCUCACCAAGCCGUGUGAAAUAACAACAAUGCCAGAACAGCGAGAAGAGAGAGACCAAUGGAACUAGUGGCCAAUCCGUCAGUGUCGCCCCCUGUCUGUGGAAGGAGGGUCUGACACCAGAGAGUGAGCUCUGUGACCCUGAUGCGGACUUCUCAGGCUCUCCUGUAGGAGGCGCUCUGCUCUUCUCUCUCACCUUCACUCCUGCCACCUCACAGGCACCAUCUAACAAAUGCGCAGCGACACUUUCUUGCCUUUGUUUUUUAAAGACAAUUAAUUAUUAUUAUUAAGAAUAAAGGUCUGUUUUCUCUCAGCUGAAAUGUCUUAAAAAUUCACUGAAGGAAAAAAACUAAAACAGUUUAUGUACAAACGAGGAACAAUGUGCACAUUCAAGGGAGGAACAACGAAUGAACUUCCUCCGACCCGUAUGCACAGGCUAAACUCAGUAGCCGCUAUCUAGCACUGAUAGCUAAGAAGAUGGAAAAACAAAAAAGAAAUCACAUGAACGCUGAAAGUAAAAGGAUUUGUAUUGUUGGCCUGAUAUGAAAGGAAAGGCCGUCUGUUUUCCACUCUGUGUUUUUCUCCGAUGUGAUCCAGCUGAAAACAAACCUUGGCUGGACCUUCGAGGCUUCAUCACCAAGCCAGGACCAGAACAGACACUGGAAAAUGUUUGCUUUGUUUGUGGAACUCCACCAUGGAAACCCCUAUCUCCUCCAGUAUGGAGGAGCCUGGGAGGCUGGUCUGCUGUGAGUGCAUCCCCUAUUUGGGAGACUAGGGACCUGAUAGGCUACUGGACAUGAAUCUGGGUAUUAGAAAGGACAACAUGGCCUCAUCAUCCCAGAGGGACUUGCCUGUUUCGUAUCCAUUGUCUGCACUGACUUUUUCAAUGUUAUCUGUGCUUUUUUUCAAACAGUACAACAAAAAAAAAAGAAAAAAUUAUACAAAUAAAAAAGAC